AUGCAGAUCCCAGGAGGCAAUGGAGAACACUUACAAAGUGGUGAAUGGUGUCAUUUUAAACUUUUCAGGGCUAAAAUUCAGAAUAACAUGAACUGGCAGCUGGUGAUUCCUGGGUUGAUCAUCUUGGCCAUUAAACUCGUAGGAAUGUCCCUGUUCAUUGUAUAUUUUUCACAGAUCUUCUCCACUGAUGACUCAACAGAGAACUCUUGGUCUUCAACUAGCGGUGGAAGAACAGACUGCCCAAUACGGUGGACUUUUCAAAGGGGAAAAUGCUACUUCUUUUCUGUUCAGGAAAAGACUUGGAAUGCCAGUCAAAGAGCAUGUUCUGAAGCAAACUCUAAUUUAGUGAUCAUCAACAGCAAAGAGGAACUGGAGUUUCUCCAUAAUAACACAAAAGCUGAAGAUUACUUCAUUGGAUUGUCAGUCAGAGGCACUGAAGGUGGAUGGAAAUGGAUUGACAACACAGAGGUUAACACAGACAUAUUUAUGAUAGGUUUGAAUAGUGACACCUCUAAUUGUGCUGUAAUCGGAUUAACUGUCGUGGGUAUUAUAUCUUGUUCUGUACCAAACCGCUGGAUCUGUGAAAAGAAAGCAUAA